AAAAGCGCAUGACUGCAUGAUCAUAUCACCGUAUUAUUUACUGCAAUGCGAGCCACAAAUUAAAGCUUUGAGAGCCGCAGGAGGAUCUGUACCAGAUGCUUGCCGAGACAACGCGCGACCCCGCGUGGACGGAAUCAAGUGGUCGCGCGCAUAGUUGGAGCACGCGGUACGAGCGCGCGUCUCUAUCGCUAACCGAAAAAGGAGAAACGAUUUUGCUCGAUUGAACUACCACGGACGCUGCAACGACGGUUUUGUAAAUUAUGUAAAAUAAAUAAAGAAAUACGUGUCACACUCCACACCUCUGAAUACGUCGUCGUUGCAUUCACCGGAAGAAAAGGUAUGCUAAAAACCUCUCGGAAUAGAAAAACGAUGUUUUUUAACAGAUGAUGUGUCCAGAAGGAAUUGCAGGAUUUACACCCGCUCGUGAAAGAAAAGGAAUAAAUUCCAGCAAAGUUACACGACAAGUGGCGUUUAUACCAGUCGACAUGAUGACGAACUGUUGACUUGAGACAGAUAAAUUGACUGAAAAGCUUUCAGCCAGCGGCUUUAACGUUAACGUUAGUUGACAUAACGACAAGAGGAUGCAGCACACCGGAUACACUUGAAAACAAUUCUCCAUUUAUCUGUGUUUCAGUCACUUCUGGAGAAACUGUAGAAAAUGAAGAUAAGGAAAGUAUAUAAAUAACUGAAUUAAACUGUAAGGAUAUACCAAGAAGACAAACACUCUCUGAUACUCCUGUAAACUCAAAGGAACAUUGAAGAUAAGAACAAAGAAGAAAUAAUUUAUCCUUUUGCUGACAACUGGCAACUCUGGAAGUGCAGCUGAGGAUCAUCACUGGAGGGUGAGAGGGUGAUCACAGAGAGAGAGAAACGGAGACUGACAGAGAACCACAGCACAGGAGGGGGCGGAGGAGGAGGAGGGGGAAAGGUCAGUCGCCAUGGCGACAGACCCAGGAGAACCCACUGCCACAGAGGAGUCCUCUGGAGAGAAACCUGAUGGAGAUAGGGAGGAGGAGAAUGACCAGGACAACAGCGCUGCCCGUGAGGGAGAGGGGACGCACGGUACUCCAUCUGGCAUUGUUUCCACUGAGACGCAGGAAAGGAGAUCAUGGGGAGCAGAUGGAGCUGAAGGAGGUGCAAAGGACAAUAAAGAAAUGAAGGUGCCAGUUAAACCUCUGACCUUCAUGUCAUCCUCCCCAGCACCCCUCGAGCCUUCACGGAAACGGGAGAACAAGCGUUUUUUCCGGAAGAGUGUGGAGAUAUGUGAAGAGGAUGACGAGGUGGAGGAAACCCCUGGUGCCCCCCACAGCGCUCCUCACCUUGAGUUUUGUGCCUCUGACUCCGUUUUCAGCAGCGGAGCCCAGCAGUUACCCGUUAGUGCCUCUGCCGCCCUGGGUGAGGAUGGCACACAGGACCCUGAUAAGAGUGGACUUGCUGCACCCACUUUGAAGGGAAAAGAGAGAGAUAGAGAACAGGAGGAAGAGGCAGGGAUGAAGGCUGUAGCCACUUCACCGGGUGGUCGCUUUCUCAAAUUUGACAUAGAACUUGGAAGAGGAGCAUUUAAAACCGUUUACAAAGGCCUGGAUUCAGAAACCUGGGUGGAAGUUGCCUGGUGUGAGCUGCAGGAUCGAAAGCUGAACAAGGCGGAGCAGCAACGGUUUAAAGAGGAGGCUGAAAUGCUAAAAGGCCUACAGCACCCCAACAUCGUGCGUUUCUAUGACUCCUGGGAGUCCGGUCUUAGAGGAAAGAAGUGCAUCGUUCUUGUGACAGAGCUCAUGACCUCAGGAACGCUCAAGACGUACCUUAAGCGUUUUAAAGUAAUGAAGCCCAAGGUUUUACGUAGCUGGUGCAGGCAAAUUCUAAAGGGUUUACAGUUCCUGCACACACGUACGCCACCCAUUGUGCAUCGUGACCUCAAGUGUGACAACAUCUUCAUCACUGGCCCCACUGGGUCGGUAAAGAUUGGUGACCUGGGCCUCGCCACCCUCAUGCGGACGUCCUUCGCCAAGAGUGUCAUAGGGACUCCAGAGUUUAUGGCCCCUGAAAUGUAUGAUGAACACUAUGAUGAGUCAGUGGAUGUCUAUGCUUUUGGCAUGUGCAUGCUGGAGAUGGCUACAUCGGAGUACCCAUACUCAGAAUGCCAAAAUGCUGCACAAAUCUACCGCAAAGUCACCAGUGGUAUCAAGCCUGCCAGUUUUGAUAAAGUAAACGACCCGGAGGUAAAAGAGAUCAUUGAGGGGUGCAUUCGCCAAAACAGAUUAGAGCGGCUCUCCGUUAAGGACCUUCUAAAUCAUGCUUUCUUUGCGGAGGACACCGGUGUGCGUGUGGAGCUUGCAGAAGAAGACACGGGAUGCAAAGAGUGCCUGGCCCUACGGAUCUGGGUUGAGGAUCCAAAAAAACUUAAGGGGAAGCACAAAGACAAUGAGGCCAUUGAGUUCAGCUAUGACCUGGAGAAUGACAGUGCUGAAGAGGUUGCGCUGGAGAUGGUGAAGUCUGGCUUUUUCCAUGAAAGUGAUGCUAAGGUGGUUGGGAAAUCCAUCAGAGACAGGGUGACAUUAAUUAAGAAGUCCCGUGAAAGGCGCCAACAUCAGCUCCUUCAGCAGCAAAGUCUGGAUGAGCGUCGUGACUCCUCAGCCCUCACCUCUUCUUUUUCAUCUGUCCAUCCCUCCUGUCCUGCUGCACUGUGCCCGGGAGCUUUUGCAGCUGCUGGUGGUCAAGCGGAGGCAGAGGAGCUGCCCGAAAUGGACCAACAUGUCCAGCAGCAAAGCACUGCACUGGGUCUUAAAGAGGGUGAGAGCGUUUCUGCUGUCAGUGGAGAUCCUUUCUCAAGCAGACAAAGCCAAGCCUUUUCGCUCCCCGAUUCGGGGAACGUAUGUGCUCAUGCUCAAACCAGCUACCCCACAGGCACCUCUGGAGUGAAAGGUGCAGGGGUUGUGUCUCAUCCCCAGCUGCUCCCUGUUGGUCAGAGCAGAGGGGUUGCAAAUGUGCUUGUUGGCCAGAAUUGUGGGAUGUCUGGGAUUUCAAUUGGCCAAAGUGGUGGUGGGGCUUCUAACGUUCCUGUGGCGCAGACUUUCAUUCAUCCAGUCACUAUUGCAUCACAGGUCCCUUUAAGUGUGCCUCAACAAUAUUCUCAGACCCUUCCUCCUGACGUCGCCCCCUUACAGAUUUUACACCCUCGGUCUGGUGAUGCCCCCACUUCUCACAGUUCCCUUUUGCAGUCACAGUCAUACAUCCCCUCAGUUACUCCCCAGGCCCCAAUGACUGUCCUCACUGCCUCCAUCCCCGCUGGCGAGUCUAUAGCACCAGGAGGCAACAUUAUGCCCCUUAUGCAGACCCAACCUAGUAUUGUUCCUGUACCCACUGACAUUUUGCCCCAGCAAACUAUUGUUCAGCCACAACAGCCAAUGUCAGAUUUGCCAGGAACUUUACAACUAAACAUCCAGCAACCAACACCACAACAGCAAGCAAAUAUAGUGCAGCAUCACCAGGCAGUCCUGUUACCACAUCAGACAGACCAGGUUCAGCCCACGACUGUUUUGUUACAGACACAGCAUGUAGAACAGCCACAAGUGAUUUUACAAGAACAGCAGUCACAGUCCAGUGCAUGUCAGCAGUCAUAUAUUCAAUUGCCACAGCAGCAACAGCCAACAUUGUCCAACCCGCCGCAAACUGAGUUGCAACAGCAGGUGUACAUACAACAUCCAGCAGGGCAACCGCAGCAAGAAGUUGUAGUACGUCAGCAUCAGUCAUUGCAGCAAGUUGCAGUACCACAGCCUCCAGUGGAACAAUAUCAGCAACUCCAGACUCAGCAAGUAUAUUUGCAACAAAUAGUUGAAUCACAAGAGCAGAACUUGGCGAACACCAUGGUACAGCAGCCACCAGUACUUCAAACAAUUCAGCAGCCACUACAGUUGACAGAGGAGCAGCAAAAACUUCUGAUUAGGCAACAAAUGGAGCAACAACAAAUGACUGUCUUGCAAGCCAGUCAAGCAGAGCAACAACGUCAACAGCAAGUUUACCUUCAACCUACUCAGCAGCAAGUUGAGCAGCAUCAAUUCCUCCAGCAGCAACAACAGCAAAGCAUGGCAGUGAUGCACCAGGCAGAGCAACAGCAGCAAGUGCAACAACAACAGAAAAUAGAACAUCAGCAACAAACCAUUUUGCAACAACAGGUGGAACAACCAAGGCAACAGGUUUUGUUUCAGCAGCAGCAGCUGGAGCAACAGCAGGCGGUAUUGCAGCAGCAGCAACAACAUGAACAACAACAAAAGGCUCAUUUACAGCAACAACAGUUAGAACAUCAAGCCUUACUACAACAACAACAACUGCAACAAGCUUUUUUACAUCAACAGCAGUUAGAGCAGCAGCAGGAAUUGUUUAAACAGCAGCAACAGCAGCAAAUGCUUUUAAAGCAGCAGCAGCAGCAAGCAGUUGUUCAACAACAAAAACAAUUAGAGCAAAAUGUACUUUUACAGCUGCAACCACAGCAACACAUUGAACAGCAACAGGCUUUAUUACACCAGCAGCAGAUUUUACAGCAACAGCCUCAACUACUGCAGGCAACAGAACAACAACUCCAGCAGCAAAUAUUUCAACAGGCUGAUUAUCAACAACAGAAUAUAGAGUCACAAAUGAAGCAGCAACUUUUGGUGCAACAGCACAAUAUUGAAUUACAGCGACAACAGGCCUUACAAGCUGAGAAACAAGUUUUAUUGCAGCAGCAGCAGCAGCAACAUUUGGAACAGCAUAUAAUUCUGGCAGAUCAAAGUGUGCAACAGCAAACAACUAUAGGGAAAGCACAGCCUCCAGAAACUAUGCAACAAAUUAGUCAAAUACAACACACUCAGCCUAUAAUAUCCCCACAGCAUUCUCUGGUAGAGACCAUGAUUCAAGCUGUACCACAAAUGGCACAAGUACCAAGUCAGAUUCCAGCUCAAAUUCUCGUGCAACAACAGAUACCACCUCAAGCGUCUGUGCAAAUGGAGGGGCAACUUUCAGCAAUUUCUGCUCAGAUUCCUCUGCAGACACAAAGUCAUUCUGCGCCGCAGUCAGUAGGAGGACAUUUUCAAGCAAACCAGUUGCAAGUUCAACAACCAAUCCAACAGAUGACAUCUCCAACACGGACUCCACACCCAAUUCACUCUACUGUCCCAUCUCAAACACAGAUGGCCUCGCAAGGGCAAAUCCUUUCAUCGCAAACUCAAAUGGUCCAAACUCAGGCUGCAGCUUCUCACCAGUGUCAAGUUCCAGUAGUUCCUCCAGUGCAGUCCCAACUAUCGGCUCCCUCUACACUUCUCCCCACACAAAAUGCUCAAGUACCUGCUACUCCGCAAACCAUCCAAUCAGGUCAGCUAGACCUUAUACAAACCAUGAAACAACAACAGCUUCCUUUACCACAAUAUCAGCAAACAAUGCUGUCUCCAGUAUCACUUGCAACCACUGUAGACACGAUGGCCACUUCUUCAACACAGUGCUAUUUUCAAUCACAAAUUCAAGCUCAGGCUCAGCCAAACACACCAGCUCUGCAACAACCACUUAGUGUGGCAUCUAUGCAGACAGUCUUGCAGCCAACAGUGCAACCCUCUCAACAGUAUGGGCAGCAACCUCAAAUCCAACCUGGGCAACAGCUUUUGCCAGCAAGUGCUGUACUACCCCAAGAUCCCAAUAAACAUCCUCAAACUGUUCUCCAGCAUAUUCUUCCUAUAAAUAUUACACCUAGUCAGGUACCCCAGACCCAAGCUGGGACAGUACCUUAUUACAGUCAAGUAGUAUCAGGCCCACCCUCCCAAAACCAUACACCUGUUCAAACAUUCACACAGGCUAGCAUGCAACCACAGUCACAUCCUGUCCAGACACAGGUUCUCUCCAACACAGAGAAUUUUGAGCAACAACCCCAUUCGCGAGCUGUUUUUAAACCUUCACAGAUCUCCCAAAGUCCAUCUCAUACUUCCCUACAACCCUCCACUACUCUCCCAACUAUCCCAGUUUCAGAAAUUCCUGUCCCUGCAGAGGCACAGCUAACACAGACAAGACCAGUUGACUUGAUCCCUGCUUCCCAUCCUACUGCCAAUGCUUUACAGUCCCAUUACUCUAAUGGCUCUGUGUUGCCCACCACCUCCCUGGCAGACAGUGAUGCUGCAUUGCUGGGCAUUGCUCAGGAGAGCACAAAUCAAUCUGGCAACAGAACCAUCACUUCAUCUGGCUCUGCUCCUGCCAAUGGAGAUGAUGUGGUGUUGGCUAAUGGGAAAUCAGAAAAGGUCAAAUCUCAGAGGAGAUUGUCCUGUCAGAAGACUGAAAAAAGUCAUUUUCAACUCAGCAUGUUGCAGGUUUCAAACACGGGAGACAACAUGGUGGAGUGUCAGCUGGAGACCCAUAGCAACAAGAUGGUCACGUUCAAGUUUGACAUCGAGGGAGAUGCUCCUGAGGACAUUGCAGAUUAUAUGGUGGAGGAGGAUUUUGUUCUUGAGGCUGAGAAAGAGAGAUUUGUUGAGGAUCUGAGAGCUAUAGUGGAGAAAGCACAAGAAAUUCUAAGUACUCAAUCACAGACUGGGUCAGUUGAGCAGCUUCAGGUGAGCACCCCAUCCAGUACAACAGUAGAUUCGGCCCCUCAGUCUUCUCCAGUGGGUCGGUGGCGAUUCUUUAUUAACCAAACAAUUCGCCAUCGCGACUCGCACCCCGGCCAGGGAGCAUCCACUCCCCCACCUGCAGGGGAGAGCAGAGUUCCCAAAUCCAAAGAAACUGAGAAAGAUCAUGAGAGCCCUCAGCGCUCCGAGUCUUUUGCCGGAAUAGCCUCUUCCCCAACUUCCUCUAUAUCUCCAUCUCCUCCCGUAUCUACUGCAUCUGCCCCAGCGUCCAUGUUGGCUUCAGCCAUUGCCACCCAAAAAGACACAGCACCCCCAACCUUGCCAGCAGUAGAGCAAGUCUCCUCCGCUAACUUGACUGCAGGCUCAGUCCCUGCCACAUCCUCCAGCAUUUCUGCCUCUUCAUUCCCUUCAGUUGUGGCCCCCACAUGCCCAAGUUUGACUUCAGACCAAGGAGAUAUGGCAGCAAAAGGGCAGAGCAUAUCUGAGGCUGAACAGACUCCCUCUAAUGUGCCUGUUUAUAGGACUCCACCAGCAUCACUGGUGAACCACACUGAUCCAUUGGUAGCUCAAACCCAAAUACCAACCUCACAGAAGCCUGAGAUACUUAAACAAACCAUGGCACCUCACCAACUCAAAGACACCCAGGCAAUACAGACAGCAAUGGGCACCACUGAACAGAUGCAGAUUAUGCCUCAGCCGCAGCAGCAAAUGGUGCAGUCAAAAACACUUUCACAGGCAAUGCCAGUGGAGACGUUAAUGCAACCUUUGCAAGGAGGUCCUCCAACAGCCCAGGAGCCACAGCUGUACCAAGUUCAGCAGUCUGUGCAGCAACAGGUCCCACAACAACAAGUACCAGUUGAAUCUCAACAACCGCCAACUGAGCAGAUCCAACAGCAAACAGUAAUACCACAACAGGCAGUUCCUACAGAACAAUAUGUGUCUCAAGAAACAAAGCUGACCAUGCACCCACAGCACGGUUUCCAGAAUCAAGAUCCCCAGUUUCAGCCUGUGAUCCCACAGCAGCUCCCCACUGAGCAAACACAUGUACCACAUGAUAUAAUACAUUCUCAAACUAUGCCACAAACUGCAGUGCAGAAGGAAACAUCUUUGCAGCACUCAGAAUUGGAGCUGUCCAUGGGGGAAGCCGGUGUUGAGGACACCAUCAGUCACCCUGCCCCACCCCAAACCUCAACAGACACCUCUCUUCCACCCCUCCCUCUUUCCGAGACAACUCUGCCCGCCCUUACCCACACAUUUACCCCAUCUCCAGCCCAGCCCUCAUCAGUGGUCGAGUCAGACAGUGAAGGCCCCCCUAAAAUCGAGUUUGUGGACAACCGUAUAAAGACUUUGGAUGAGAAGCUAAGGACUUUGCUGUAUCAGGAGCACAGUGGCAGUGGAGCAACACUGGGAGCUGGCUCCACAGCCGGCACCGCCCCUGCUCCUAACGCCACCUCUUCAUCUGCUGCACCUUCCACUUUAGUGGGAGGUGACGAAUCACUCCUCCCUAAUGCAUUCUCCCCUCCUCCUGACGCCUCAUCUGACACCUCUCCACACUCCACCUCCUCCACUACCCCUCGCUCUUCCUCCACGUCUCCAGAUGGAGAAAAAGAGAGAGCAGGUGAGGAGGAGAUGCUCCCAUCUGCUCCAGCCUCUUCUGAUGCUGUGCAACAUCAACCUGCCUCAUCCUUCUCCUCUACAUCCCCUCCCCGCUCUCUUGUCACCCCCCUACAGGAGCCUGGAUCACCAUCUUUGCCAAGUGAACCCUCAGCUGCAUCUUCGCUCCCCAAAAGUUGCACCCAUGGAGAUUUUCUGGUUCCUUCCUCCUCCGAGCAGCCUGCCCCCAUGUGGCCUGGACAACAACACAAUGACGGAGGUGGAUAUUUUGGCCUAAACCUGACAUGCCCUAGUAUCAGAAAUCCUGUUAGCAAGAAAUCCUGGACUCACAAAUUCAAAAGCUGGGCGUGCAAACUGCGCCACUCCGCCAGCUUGUUCAAGAAGCCCAGAGUCCAGCAAGAAGAUGGUAAUUCCAGCUGUCAGGGGAUCAAGGAAGAAACAGAGGCAUCUACAGAUGUCCAGCCCGUCUCACGCACAGGACGUUUCCAGGUAAUUCCAGUGUCUCAGCCCACGGAGCCACUACACCAAGAUGUACCAAGCCACGGGGUCACACAGAGAAAGGUUGGACGCUUUUCAAUCACCCAGGCCGAACAGAGAGAGGAACAUUUGACAGACAGCUCCCCCGUGUCACCUGACCUGGAGCGAGAGAGGAGGAAACUGAAAGUGAGGGACGGUGAUAAAGAUGAAAGGAGAACCACAACAUCCAGCCACCCAUCCAGGAGUCACACUCACUCACGCCUGGGCAGCAGUGAUGAUGAGAGUGAGGUGGAGGAUGAAGAUUUGAGGAAAGAGCUUCAUAAGCUGAGAGAGAAACACAUCAAAGAGGUGGUGUCCUUGCAAGCACAGCAGAACAAAGAACUGCAGGAGUUGUACAGGCAGCUUCGCUCCCUUAAAGACCACCGACAACCCCUAACCCUCCCACGGACCUCCCCACUCCACAAUACAUCCCUCGCCAUCUCUCCACGCAGACCCCGUCCCGCCAAAUCCAAGCUCCGGCCCCGACCACACUCUCACAUGGACAACAACGGAGUUACACAUCAAGGAAGUCUUCAGCAAUCUAGCAGUUAUUCGGGUGGGGAACAAAGCAGACUUCACUCAUACUGCAACCCAGAAACGACAGCUAAUAGAGACCAAAAUCCUACAGUCCAGGGAUCUGCCACUAGAACAAGCACAUUCACAGAUGAUCUACACAAACUUGUAGAUGAGUGGUCAAAAGAAACCGUUUUCCCCGUUCAGCCCAAGCCUUCGCUAAAUCAAAUCAAACAGAUCCAGCAAGUGCAGGAGUUAGGCGGGUGGGGCCAACCUGCUGAGACAUCUGCAUCUGAUUGGUUUUCUACAGCACCUUUGAACCUUCCGAGUGCUCCCGUCUCAGUCACCUUGUCUACAAUAGCCUCUGCUCCCUACAUUGGAGGACAAACACAGCUGCCACCGAUGCAAUUUCCCAUCACUUCUUUACCCCAGCAGAAUGCACAUCUGCAGUCUGCCCUGCACCAUCAUCCCCUGCAGUACAACCAGCCUCACUUGCACCUACAGCAGGUCCAGCUUCAGCCCUCACAAAGCAUCUCCCCCUCUAUCAUCACCACAGCGGGGCCUCUGCUGCCCCCUGCCACCAGCAUUACAGCUGCCCCGACCUCCACCGCUGUCAAUCAAGACACAGUCACCACGGCAACCGUCUCCUCCACAUGCACCUCCAUUUCUUGCUGCACCUCUUCUCUGCCUUCCAGUGCCAAACUUCAGCCUAAACCCACCACCUCCACCCUUCCUUUAGGACAGCAGUGAGUUUGGGUAAACAUGCGAUGAUGGAGAGGAGGGCACGAGAUAACUGAAUGAUAAUAAAAAGUUGGAGGACUUUACAUUGAGCUCAUUGUUGUAGGUUUACAAUAUGUUGUACAGGAAGAAAUUAAGUAGCAAGCGUUGAAUGUUUGUUUGUGUGUGUGUGUGAGUAUAGGGGUGUAUAAUUUAUGUAGUGUGUGUGUAUUUGUGUGCGCGUGUUUGUGUUGGAUUAUUCAAAAGAUAUUCUGUGUGUGUUUCCGCACUGUCAAGUUUCAUAAUCCAACUUAAAACAGUUGGAUCUGAACUCUCCUUACUGUAUGUAGAGAAAACUUUCUGACAUGAAGUUUCAGAUCAUGUUUGUUUUUAUUUAUCGAUGCUUCAAUUGAAAGGACUAUUUGAAAUUUAAAAGUGCAAUUAGUAACUGAUAUUUAAAUCUUUCAUCUUUUCUGUGUUGUUGGUGACGUGGAUCUGUAUAGCUUAAAAGAAUAUUUUUUAUAUAUAUAUACGCACAGAAGCAACAGCCAGACAUUAACAGCGAAGCGCCAUUUCGUGUCGAUAGAGCACAACUUAUUUAGCAGGCAGUGAGAUCAAAUGCAUUUGCGGCAACAGCAGCAUGUUACAAUGCAAAGCAUGGUAACCAUAACCUUGCGACCAUCAUCAUAGCUAUGGGAGCGGUUAAAACACUGUUGUGCACGGACAAGGCAUGCUCGUGUAUUAUAUUUUACAAUGGUAAAUAGCAGUAAUGUUAUAGAUCAGCAAAGAAUUUUAUAGAAUAACACAAGUAGUGAUUAAUUCAUUUUAAAAUUCUUAAAAAAAACUCUUUGGUUCUUUAUUUGAUUUCAAAUGAAAUGAGCUAAUAUGAUUGCAGUAUUUUCCUUUCUUUUAACACAAGUUCAUACUUUUAAGGUUUACGAUAUUAACAUGAAUCCCACGGUGAUGAGUGUAAGACUAGACAGUUGUUUUAAAAGCUUAAAUGAAGUGAACGCAGCUUGUACUUGUUCUGUAUUUUGCACAGCCCUGUGUGAGCGUGCGUCUGUGCACACCAAACUGUGAUCUGUGAACUGUGAGUUUUCUUUCUGUGAAUACAAUGCAUCAGCAAAACACCGACAAAAAGAUGUGUUCCUUAUCAAAUUCAAGAUUUCACUAUAUAUAUAUGUAUACAGUACAUAAUUGCCAAGCAAAUUUACCAUUGAAAAAAACUUCCAGAACUAGGCUGCAUUUCUGAUGUUUCUAAAGUGUUUUUCGUACAUAUUAAGCUCAUGUAUGUGAUUACGCCGGAUAGAGAGAUAUCAAUGCCCACCUUUUAAAAAUCAGCAGCUAACUCUGUCAUGCAGUGAUGUUAUUUCAGUUAAACCAUUCUGAAGCCCAACAGCACUGUAAAAAAAACUUUGCUGCCUUAAAAUUUUUUGUAAAAUCAACUCAGAUUUACAAGUCAUGUCAACAGAAAUUAGUUGUCACAACUUAUAAAAUAUAGUUGAGAAAAGUCAACUUAAAUUUAUGAGUGAUAACAACUCACCUGUAGUUAUAACAACUCAUCUUUAUUCAAGAUAAAUAAUAGUAAGUUGAAAUGACUUGUAAAUCCGAGUUGAUUCAACAAAAAAUUCUAAGGCAGCAAAGUAUUUUUUACAGUGAGGGGAUUGGAUAAUAUUUAUUACACACAGCAGAUCUGCAGACAAGUAUGGAUUGUGCUUUACGAAUCUGGUCAGACAAAGUGUAACAUGUGUAACAUUCAAAAACAUGUAGAGAUGGUGACUGUGCUUUUAAAAGCUUGUUGGGAAAAAUUAUGAACGUGAAUGAGGCAGCCUGCUGUAUAGUUUAAUACAAAAUCCUUCGCAGAUUGUCAUGAAGGAUUGUACUGUGUACAGGGCACAUGGUAUAGAGAAUGCAUUGAGAAGGAGGCAUUUGCUUUGUUUAUUAUUGUGCUAAUGCUUGUGGAUAUUAUUAAAAAAGUCAACAGGGACCCUGUCUAUAGAGGGUUGUGGUCAUUCAGUUUCCAGUAUUGUAUGUCCUGUUUUUAAAAAGACAAAACCUUACAGUAACCCUCGGUACAGCAGUGGUGGGUAACAAGGCUGUUGUGUCUAAAAGAAAACUGAAACAUCCAUUUGAUCUGGGAAAUGUUACCAAAUUAACAUGAAGUGUUACCAAAAUGUAAUUUAAAACGAAAGCAUUAUUUUUGUAUUUUGCAAGGGGUUGUAAAAAUGUAAAAGUGUGUGUUGUGCAGUGUGUUAAGAAAGCUUUGGUUUUCUGAUCAUCGUUUUUUUUUUUUUAGUUCCCCUGUCCUCCAACUUUACACCAAACCUUCAACCUGAAAGUACCACAAGAUGCUAAUUUUUUUUUAAUUCAGUGCAAGUGAUUGAAACAACUGUAAGCCAAAUCAGUCUGACGUCUUAUUGGUGAAGUGAAACCGGAGAGACCGCACCAAUAAUGAAAUUCCAAAUAUUUAAAUGGAAAAGAAUCUGUAGUGGACUAAACUUGUUGCUGGUGAUUUAACUACUGUAAAUUGUAACUAAUUCAACUGUUGAUUCUAUUUAUGUUUUGUAACUAAUAAAAAAUAAACAUCAAAUGUUCAUUA